AUGAAUAAUUAUUAUUUAAUUAUAAUUUAUAUGGCAAUAUGAAUAAUUCUUAUAUCAUUUAAAUAAUUUCAACAGGUAUGUACAUGUGCAGUUUAUGUAUAAAAUAUUUUCGCCGAUGAAUGACGGUGCAGAAUGAAACGAGACGUACAGUUUGGUUGGUCGCGUGACGCCACGUGCGGUGGGCGGAACGUUGCUAGGAAUCAGGAACAAUCCACAGCCUAUGAUUGUUUCUGCUUAUGCACCUGUCUGUGUUCAGCGAUCCUUUGUGCAUUUAUUAGUUUUGAUCUUUACAUCUAAAAGCAAUGCCAAUAUGGCCAAGAUGUGGAAAACCAACGCCACGAGGAAAAUAUGGGGAAGUCUGCCUGUGUUUAUUGUAGCGAGCUUGUCCGUCUGUUUGUGCCUGUGCAGAGCUGAAGACAGUGCAAUGGAGAACAUCGUGACAGAGAAGAAAGCUGAAGAGAGCCACAGACAAGACAGUGCAGACCUGCUGGUCUUCAUUCUGCUCCUCACCCUGACCAUUUUAACCAUAUGGUUGUUUAAACACCGCCGCUUCAGGUUUCUACACGAGACUGGACUGGCUAUGAUAUAUGGGUUGCUUGUAGGUGUUGUCCUGCGUUAUGGUAUCCAUGUGCCCAGUGACGUGAACAACAUUACGCUGAGCUGUAAUGUCAAUGCCAGUCCAGCCACAUUACUGGUCAAUGUCAGUGGUAAGUUCUAUGAGUACACUCUGAAAGGAGAGAUCGAUCCCAGUGAAUUUAAUGACAUCCAGGACAACGAGAUGCUCCGCAAGGUGACCUUUGACCCAGAGGUUUUCUUCAAUAUUCUCUUGCCCCCCAUUAUAUUUCAUGCUGGAUACAGUUUAAAGCGGAGACAUUUCUUCAGGAACUUGGGGUCUAUUCUUGCCUAUGCAUUUGUGGGAACCGUUGUGUCUUGUUUCAUCAUUGGGUUGUUAAUGUAUGGCUGUGUGAUGCUGAUGAAGCAAAUUGGCCAUCUGGCUGGGGACUUCUUCUUCACUGACUGCCUUUUCUUUGGUGCCAUUGUCUCAGCCACUGACCCAGUGACCGUCCUGGCCAUCUUUAACGAGCUACAGGUAGACGCUGAUCUGUACGCCCUGCUGUUUGGAGAAAGCGUUCUGAAUGAUGCUGUUGCUGUCGUACUGUCCUCGUCCAUUGUAGCAUAUCAGCCCCAUGGGGACAACACUCACACGUUUGAAGCUAUGGCCAUGCUGAAGUCCUUGGGCAUCUUCCUGGGAGUCUUCAGUGGUUCUUUUGCCCUGGGAGUUGCAACUGGAAUCGUUACAGCAUUUGUUACCAAGUUCACCAAGCUUAGAGACUUGCCGCUGCUGGAGACCGCACUGUUCUUCCUCAUGUCUUGGAGCACCUUCCUGCUUGCCGAGGCCUGUGGAUUUACAGGAGUGGUGGCAGUUCUGUUCUGUGGAAUGACACAAGCUCAUUACACCUUUAACAACCUUUCUCCUGAAUCUCAAGAAAGGACAAAACAAUUAUUCGAGCUGCUGAAUUUCUUGGCUGAGAACUUCAUAUUUUCCUACAUGGGCUUGACAUUGUUUACCUUCCAUAAUCAUGUCUUCAAUCCAAUCUUCAUAGUGGGAGCAUUUCUGGCUGUGUUUCUGGGCAGAGCGGCAAACAUCUACCCCCUCUCCUUCCUGCUCAACUUGGGCCGCAGAAACAAGAUCAGCCCCAAGUUCCAGCAUAUGAUGAUGUUUGCAGGUCUUCGUGGUGCCAUGACCUUUGCCCUGUCGAUCAGGGACACAGCCACAUAUGCACGGCAGAUGAUGUUCUCCACCACGCUGCUGGUGGUCUUCUUCACCGUCUGGUUCUGCGGAGGAGGCACGACUCAGAUGCUCUCCUGCCAGAAAAUCCGUGUUGGAGUGGACACAGAUCAGUACUCUAUUGGUCCUGAUGGAGUGGAGAGGAGGAGCACGAAACAGGAGAGUGCCUGGCUGUUCAGGAUCUGGUACAACUUUGAUCACAAUUAUAUGAAGCCCAUUCUGACCCACAGUGGACCACCACUCACUGCCACACUUCCUGCCUGCUGUGGCCCUCUGGCACGAUGCCUCACCAGUCCACAAGCUUAUGAGAAUGAAGAGCAGCUCAAAGACGACGACUCUGACCUCAUUCUGAAUGAUAGUGAUAUCUCUCUGACAUACGGUGACAUCACAGUGAGCACAGACGCAUCAGGUGCUCACACGAGUGGCAUGCCGGUGGGAGGAGUGGGCGUGAACUCUGACGAGGCUCUUGAUCGAGAGCUGGCGUUCGGUGACCAUGAGCUGGUGAUCCGAGGCACCCGAUUGGUCCUGCCCAUGGAUGAUACAGAGCCCCCCCAGCAUCUGGACUCCUACCGUCCCCGGCAUAAGAACGAAUCUAUGAGCUGAACGAAGAAGACAGUGACAGAACGAGCCUGUCUAUCUCUCUCUUCUCUCUUAUCAUCUCUACAUCAUCUGGAGCAAUCUCUCUCACCACCUCUCCUCUCUUUGAAGUGGCUGGUUUGAUGUCUCUACCUCAUGCGUCACUCUUUCUUCUGUUCUUUUAUGGUAUUACAGAAAUGUAAAUUAUUUAUUCACUUCUCCGCAAAGCAUUGUGGUUUUCUUUAUUUUUUUCCACGGCUCGGUCAUUAACCAGAUCUAACAGUGUUUUAAUGACAUCACAGAGCUCCGAAGGUUACCAUGCAUACUUUUGUUGUUUGUUUAGCAAGGCGUAAAAAAUUGCUGUGACCUGGCGUGCAUGCUUAUUUGUGUCCCCUCUUGAUGUGCGAGUGCUUGUUUAGAAGAUCUGAAAAGAGUCAAUGACAACAUUCCUGUGGGUCUAAAGCUUUUUACUGCUUUCUCUCUUUGUGACAGUCUAAACAGAGGCAUGCUGACUGGUGGCUCUGCGUUUGCUGUGCGGUGUCAAUCAAGUGCCUGUUGAAUGUAGUUUUCCCCCAAAAGACACUCUCUGCCGUCCUCUAGAUGGAGGCCUUGUAUUUUGAUACCGUACCGGGCCUCUGACCUGCUGCAGGCAGAUGCCAUUCACUCAGAGUAACCUGUGAUUGGCUGUAUAGACAUUCGUUUAAACGGUCUGCGCACAGGUCUGAUCUUAUAUCUUAUAUAUGAUCUUAUAUUGUGACCAUUGACUGUGAAUCUAUGAAGGUUGUAUGCCUUGUUGUAAGUGUUAUUUUCCGCACAGACAAAAGAUAUGUUAUUUUAGAAAUAGAGAGCCAGUCUUAUUGUGCAAUUUGUUUUUAUUUUUCUAAAACAAGCUGCAUAGAGCAUUAAAAUCUUUUUUUCUCUUUUUUUUCCACAGAUGUCAUGUUUAACUACGAAUGUCUAAAAUAGCGUAUAUAUUUAACAAAAAAAUGGGGGGAAAAAUUUCUAUAUUUUUUUUGCAGUAUAAGGCCAUCUGCUAAAAAGAGUACAAAUUAUAAAUCGUAAAAAAUAAAAUAAAAAAAAACUAGUGGAGCUUAUGCCAGAUCAUUUUUUUAUUAUUAUUAUUCCUAGUUUUUGCAUGACAUGUUAUGUGGAGAACCAAAACCCUCCACUAUUUCCUACCCAAUUUUUUUUGUGUGUGUGUGCGUUUUCUAAUAAAUUAGGACACAUUGUCUAGAUCAGUGUUGAAUGUCACAGCGGCACCGUUUUGAUAUGAAAGUAGGUGGGAAUAAGCGUAAUACUGUGGCUGUUCAGACAUUAGACACAUUUUAAAAGGGCGGAAAUGAAUAAAAUACGUUUUACUGCUCAUACUUAUCAAAAGAAAAAACAAUAAGGUAGAGGUUCAGGGAAAAUGUUCUGUCUGUAAUGGUUUUCAGGCUUGAAAAUAUGACCUUUUUGCAACUGACUGGCACCGGAACAGCAUGGUUGGUUAUAUUUACCUGCAGUUACGAAUGCACUGGAUUCACUCUGUAUUAAUGGCAUUUGAGUAACAUCUUUAAAUUUAGGCCUGUAUCCCAAUUUGCAUAGCAUCCAUAAUAAAUGUAUACAGAUUAGGAUUAGUGCAUCCCAAAUCAAAGUAUGUUGAAAAUGGUAUGUAUCCAUACAUACUUUUGGGUAGUAUUGCCCACAACCUGUGGAUGAGAAUUGUUUGUAAUGGUUUUUAGUCAAAAAAAAAAAAAUUAAAAAAUAGAGAGAGAUAGGAAUGUGAGGAUGAGGCUGUAACAGCAGUUUUUAAUGUAUGAACCUAUAAAUUAAGUAAUGAUUUUUAAACAAAGGCAUGAUGUUAAAACUAACGUAUCCAAACACAAACAGUAUAUGAUAAGGGUGACGCUGGUAUCAAGACACAAUGACAUGAAGUGGAAGCAUGUUCUCUACUGGUGUACCAUUGCCAUCGAAUUACAUUAAAUGCAUAGUAGAGGUAUGCAAAUAGGGAUGCACCUAAUGAUUUAGAGUCACUCUGGAUGGAAAUAUAAAGUGUCAACACGUUUAAGAAGUUAUAUUAUAUAUAGCCAAGACCAGAAUGAUCAUGGCAAAUGUUGUUUAGCUUGAAAAGUAAUGAAUUCUAGCAGUGGAGCAAACAGAAAACUGCUAGUUUGUUUUGUUUUUUGUUUUUGUUUUUCAGUGUUGGAUCUGUUGGUGGAAUGCCAUGGCUAUAAUUUCUGUCUGUUGAUGGAUUGCCAUGGCAAUGUUUGAAUCCAUAUGUUGUGAUAGGACAGCCCAUUGUUUGGUUGAGAGUCAGGGGGCAUCCAUAACUCUGUGGAGCUGUUGAGAGAUGCAGGAAGUUAAGAAGACAGCACUCUAGUGAUAAUGUCUGUGUGGUGGAAAGUUGUACAUGGUUUGGACAUUUGAGAGAAUGACUGAUAGUCAUUAAAGUAGCAGCAGUCACAGAAAGGGUUGGUGGAGGCCUUCUACACAGUUAUCUCCUGGGAGGCAAUGGAUUAUAGCAGAUUUGUUUUAUUUUUUAUUCCUGUUUUGUUGUUUGUUUGAUUUUUUUUUUUUUUUUCAAGUGAUGUACCUAAGAAAUACUUGGUCUCAUAGAAACGUUACUUUACCUACUUUUUUGCUAAAUGAUUUUCUCGUUGCACGAAUUGCAGCAGUUUUCUGGUGAAAUGAACACUAGAGGCACUACACCAAUAAUGACUUGUACCCUUUCACAUAAAUCAUGAGUAAAAGAGCAGAUUAUCAGUUCACAAACACUUACUUUUCACCCUGUUCCUCUCACAAUGCCAUCUUAUGACAUCAAAACACUUUUACUAUAGUGCAUAACUUUUUCAUUUUAACGUUUGCAUUACAUAACCAACUGUAUUUACAAGGUUGUUUGGGAGCAGUCAAAUUGCGCAGUAGCUCAACUGAUAAAGCGUUGCACAUGCGAUGCAAAGGGAGUCCUAAAGAGCAUGCGAGUCGACGUGUGAGCCGAAAGUAUCAUAGAAGCACUACAAAAUGACGUGGUUGCUUCAGCAGUUGUGUUUUUUAUUUCACAUUUGCUUUUAUGACACUAUCGGUUAGGUUUGAGGUUUUGUUUUAUUGAUUUAAAACUCGAUAGAGCAUUAACCUUAAAAAAAAAAAACUCAUCUGUUUGGAAGAGCAAUUAAGGCUGUAUGUAAUUUCUGCAUCACCAAACGGAAUUGUAAAAAUACUCGUCAUUUUUAAAACCACUUUAUGAAUACGCCCCCCAUCAUCCGUUGAGCGAACAAACAGAUAGUCCCGCCCUCCACACCAUUGGAGUCAAUGUUAUUGUGGUUAUAUCGACGGGUCGCUCAAAACAAACAUAGUGCUACAGAGACCCAUUGUGUGAAUGGCUUACUUAUAGUUGUCUCUGCAUAUUAAGCUUGGAUAGGAGAAAUUGUUUUAUAAUUGGAAAAAUUACAUGCUUCAUGCUUUUUUUUUUUUGUGCCACUCAGUGGACAUUUCACCUCAGAACUGCCAUGGAGGAGCCACGUAAUAUAAUUUAGCUUAAAUGUCCCCACAGUCACACAAUUUUAUGAGAUCAAGCUGAAUACAGCUAUUAUCUUCAUCAGAGCCCAAUGGCAUUUUCAGUGAUCUCAUGUUGUUUAUCCUCCAGCAUUUACCAGGAUGUCUGAAUUUCUCUUUCAAAGGAGAGUCAAUGCUUCAUGUGGAAAAAAACAAUGAUUUGAAUGCCAAGAGAAACAUCUGUUUGUAAGUCCUAUUUACCAAUUUAAGUGAUGUUUGUAUUUGUGGAUUUGAAGGAGUAAUCUUCUUUCAUAUUGUCAAUCAAGUAGGUGAACCUAUGAAAUCAGCGGACAGAUUGGAAAUGGAUUCUACUCUAUGAUAAACUAGAAUGUGCUGUACAUUUAAAGACAUUGUUACAGUAAAUAAUCUGUGAAUCCCAAUUAUUCAGGGGUGAGAUAACAAAACAUUUGUUCCUUUUUUUUAAAACAGUCAAGCAUAUACUCCUCAAAAAAGAAUAAAAAUAGACUAAACAUGAAUAACAAGAUACCAACUUUUCUCCUAAUACUAGGCAGACCUGUGCGUCCCAGCUGGUCCAAAGUAGCAGAACCAAGUUGACUGGGCUUAAAUGGGUGGUACAUGUGCUGUUUGUAUUGGUACAAAGCUGUGUGUUAUUCACACUAUGUGCAGCCUCUAUUUUAAUGUGUUGCAGGUACUGACUGUUUACAUCUGUGUAAAUAUUCUCAUCUGUUCAUGUGUGUGCAAUGAUCAAUAAACAGAAGCCUGAGCUUUCGAUUAAACCUG